UUUCAAUUAACCAUAUCUCUUUACACAGCUGCCGGGCGGGAUUUCCGCAAUCGCUAAUAACAUGGCGAAGUCUUACGAUUACUUGUUCAAAUUACUGUUAAUCGGCGAUUCUGGCGUCGGAAAGACUUGUGUGUUGUUCAGAUUUUCAGAAGAUGCGUUUAACUCAACGUUUAUCUCGACAAUAGGUAUUGAUUUCAAAAUUAGAACAAUAGAACUAGACGGGAAGAAGAUCAAGCUACAGAUAUGGGACACAGCUGGCCAGGAGCGGUUUCGAACAAUCACAACGGCAUAUUACAGAGGAGCCAUGGGCAUCAUGUUAGUCUUCGACAUCACCAACGAGAAGUCAUUUGAAAACAUCAAGAACUGGAUAAGAAAUAUAGAGGAGCAUGCCUCUGCAGAUGUGGAGAAGAUGGUGCUGGGCAACAAGUGUGACGUCAAUGACAAGCGACAGGUGUCCAAAGACAGAGGGGAGAAGUUAGCGUUGGAGUACGGUAUUAAGUUUAUGGAGACCAGUGCAAAGGCCAACAUCAACGUGGAGAAUGCAUUUAUGACCCUUGCCAGAGACAUCAAGGCGAAAAUGGACAAGAAACUGGAGGGCAACAGUCCUCAGGGCAGCAGUCAGGGGGUGAAGAUCACAGAGCAGCCCAAGAAGAGCAGUUUCUUCCGCUGCACCCUCCUGUGAGGACCACGGCCUUAUCAUUGUCCACAGCUGGACAGAACUGGACUGAGCUUGCUCAGAGCUCUCCUCUCUUUCGCCCUGUUCUCAUCCCUUUCUCAUUCCCCAUAUCCCAGGCCUCUGGGCUUUGAGCUUUUUUUCUGAUUCACCACGUGUCCCCCAGUUUAAAAACGGAAGUAUUCAUUGGUCAGGUGGAUCAAUCAGGGCUGUUAGAUGGGGAUAUCUAUACCAGGCACUCCUCAUGCUCUUAUAUCGUCUCUCAUAAUUACACUUAGGCUUCUGCUGCUCCUCUCUUUGUCUUAUGCAACUGGUAUUGUUACAGGUACUUCAUGUUGCUAUGUGGUUGCACUGCUGCCAAAGUUGAUCCUUAGUGAGGUUUUUUUUUUAUCAACGUGAAUGAACCUUAUCCUUAAAAGCAGUGGCUUAUUUCCAUGAUAAGACUAGUUAACCAUCAUAUAUACAUCUGAUGUCUUCUGUCAGAUAGUUGCCUUCUGUGUCAUCUAGCUACUACUAUGGAGAUCUAUGCGUCCCUGUUUCUUCCUUUCUCAAAUCAUAGUGAUCCUCUCCAUUCUACCUUGACAUUACUCAUUUGCUAUCCAACAAAUAGUAUCCAAGAAAGACACUUAUUUUCUUAAGUAAAUACCAAGAAAAAUUCUGAAGUCUUACCAUGUUAAUAGUGAAGAUGUGUGAGGUGAGGACAGUGGGAAGGUAGGCCCCUAAAUGACAGGCAAUCCAAGAUGAUUAGGCAGCCAGUACGUUGCAAUACAUUUUAGUGAACUGUUAACAGAAAAGAUGCAUAAUUGGAGCAGAUCAGCCUUGCACACGAGGAAGCACAACUGCAACGCGUUUUAACUUCUACAGUCGGCGUCAAAACGCAUUGCAGUUGUGCUUCCUCAUGUGCAAGGCUGAUCUGCUCCAAUUAUGCAUCUUUUCUGUUAACAGUUCACUAAAAUGUAUUGCAACGUACUGGUUGCCAAAUCAUCUUUUUUUCUUCUUCAAUAGUGGACAUUCCAUCUUAGACAUUCCUAAAAAAGAAAAUGACCUGUGUUCAUCAUUUUACAUGUACUCUAUCAUUAUGCAGUUCCAAUUUCUUUUCUGCGCAAGGUUUAUUAACCAUAUUUGAGUGGUAAAACAAUUCUGUGCCGAUAUCUGCACAUUUUGAUUGCACUUUAGUAAUGAAAUUGCCUUCACUGCUUAAAAUUUGCAAAAGCAUGUCUUAUUCUGUUCCCUUGUAUAGAAAUAUGUCAGUGUUCUUUAGAACUAUUACAUUCUGGAACUUCCAGUGGCUGUCAGUUGAAAUCUGUUUCACAGUAACAUCAGUCUAGUUAGAUCACAAUUAAUUUCCUAACAAUUGAGUUGCAUAAAUUGCCCACAUCUUUGGUUUUGGCAUUCAAAAUGUGUUUUAAUAUUAAACCACUCCACAAAAUGUUU